GAGCUGUCUCGAUCCACGAAUCCACCGAAAAUAACGCAGUCUCAGAUCUCCUGUGUGUACACCGUGUGCAUGAACUGGCAUUAGCGGGUUUACCAGCCUCACAGACGUACAGACAGAGGGGAGGGGGGCAUCCGAGUGUGCGGGGUAGAGCUGUACAGUAAACAAUUCUGGUACGCUUGCAAUGAUGCUACACAUCAGAGCUGCAUGCUAGUGCAGACGUCGGAUGCCGCAUGUGCACGCCUGUCAGUGGAGCCUGCCCGGGUGCACACAACCAUACAGCCUGGACCAGGAGGAAAACAAGCUAAUUUGGGCUCUCCUCGAGGGCGCGAGGGUGCAUGAUGAGAGAGAGGAGAGAACCGCUGCUAUCAUGAACGAAUGUAAAAUAUACCACAGAUUUUAAACAGACGUUGGUGGAUUAGAAAUAAAACAAGCAACUGGCCGAGCAAUGGAGAGCCAGGCGGCGAUGGAGCAGCAGAGCUACGAGGACGUGCGGAAAAGCGGGUAUCUCCGCAAGCAGAAAUCUAUGCACCGGCGCUUUUUCGUUCUCCGGGCUGCUUCGGAGCAGGGCCCGGCCAGACUCGAAUAUUACGAGAACGAAAAGAAAUUCCGAAGCAAGUCACCAGUCCCAAAGAAAGCAGUGAACCUGGACUCUUGCUUCAACAUCAACAAACGGGCAGAUUCAAAAAACAAGCACAUGAUAGUGCUGUACACCCGCGGGGAGAGCUUUGCCAUAGCCGCGGACACCGAGGAGGUCCAAAACGAAUGGUACCAGGCCAUGCUGGAUCUACAGUGUAAAUGUAAGACUCCUGAUGAGUGCGGCAGUGGAGGAGACUGUGGACUACCUUCCCCGGGCCCUGCCUUUAAGGAGGUCUGGCAGGUUAAAGUCUGGCCAAAAGGUUUGGGCCAGGCCAGGAAUCUAAUUGGAAUAUACAGACUUUGCUUGACGGACAAAACAGUCAAUUUUGUAAAACUCAACUCUGAUGUUGCAGCUGUGGUCCUCCAGCUGAUGAAUGUGCGACGCUGUGGCCAUUCAGAGAACUUUUUUUUUAUUGAAGUGGGUCGUUCUGCCAUGACAGGCCCUGGUGAAUUCUGGAUGCAAGUAGAGGAUUCAGUGGUGGCACAGAAUAUGCAUGAGACUCUUCUUGAGGCCAUGAAGGCCCUGAGCGAAGAGUUUCGGCAAAGAAGCAAAUCUCAGACUGUUGGGGUGAGCUGUGGAGGAGGAACUGCCUCUAACCCAAUCAGUGUACCGUCUAGACGACACCAUCCUAAUCUACCACCUUCACAGGUUGGCUUUUCCAGACGUGCUAGAACAGAAACACCUGGUGUCCAUAACACUAACACUUCCCCAACUCCACGGCAUGGUUUCUCUAGGUCAAGGACAGCCAGCAUUGGGGCUCGAACAGAGGAUGGAGGGGGCAGAGCAACAGCACUCAGCACGAGUCCUAGUCUCAAUGGGUCAUCCUGCUCAACCACCCCAACCCUGAGACCUAAACCAACACGAGCACCCACUCCAGCAAAGAUCACUCUUAGCCUAGCACGAUAUACACCAAACCCUGCACCUUCCCCAGCACCCAGUCUCUCAUCCAGCUCUGGUCAUGGGUCCGAGUGUGGGUUGGGUGGAGCCACCUUUGGAGCAGUCCCCAUCUGCACCUAUGCUCGAAUUCCUCAGAGAGUGUCUAUGUCAGGAUCACCCAGUGAUUAUGGUUCCUCAGAUGAGUAUGGAUCCAGCCCUGGAGAGCACUCUCUGCUAGCUGCUGGACUCCCUGCUGCCCUUGUUGAAGGUGGAGCUAGUUACAUCCUAAUGGGUCACAGAGAAGGCUCUCACAAACGUGUUCAUGGACGCAGAGUCCUUCGCCGUUCAUCUAGCCGCGAGUGUGAAGUUGAGCGCAGGCUGCUCAGUAAGCGUGCUUCCUUACCCCCCACUUCUACCCAGGGUUUGGUCCCCCGCCGAAGGGAGGAGGAAGAAGAGGAUGAAGAAGAGUAUGCAGUCAUGUCACGCAGUGCAAGUAGGGAAUCUUUCACAUCACGCAGAGGCUCAGGAGGUUCAGCAACAACAUCAUUGGUGCAGGAAAACUCUGCAGAUAAAGGUGUGAGUACAAAAGGGGGUCCUGAAGACUCCUCAAUUGACAGUGGUUACAUGUCCAUGUUACCAGGCGUUACAGCUCCUCCUGCUUCAUUAUCACUAGCAGUUUCUGGUUCAGAUGCAGUGCCAAAGGGUGGAGAUGAAUACAUGGCCAUGACCCCCAAUAAUAGUGUCUCUCCCCCUCAGCACAUUCGUCUACCAAUCAGUGAAGGUUACAUGAUGAUGUCUCCUAACAGUAGCUGUUCACCGGACUUGCACGGCAUUAGUGGAUGCAUAUGGGGCAGCAGAGGCAGCAUGGAGAGUCGAGCAGGCAGUGACUACAUGAACAUGUCACCUAUAAGUGCCAGGUCAGCUUGCAGUACUCCUCCAUCACACCCAGAGCAACAGCCACUGCAGCCAAAGAUGGUCUAUUCAUAUUUUUCAUUACCACGUUCCUACAAACACGCCACUCUCUCUGCCCGUUUUGAGGAUAAUCUGGAGAGGGUUUGCAUGGGAAGAGGUGAAGCUGCAGGAAAAACUGGACAUAGUGCUUAUGAUUGUGGAGGAGACACACCUGUGGGCUCCGGUGGCGGUGGACAACUUUCUCUGUCCUCAUCUUCUUUUUCCUCCAGUUCAGCUAGCAGUGAAAGCCUUGAAGACAGAUCGUUGUCUCUUUCUGUUGGUGGAGUGGGACGAGCAGCUAGGCUGAGCACAGGACACAGGGUACGGGGAGCUCACCCCAAAAUUACAUCCCAACACCAUCACCAGCAGAGUUGUGGGCCAGGGGUUCCGAAACAGGGUCAUUUACAGACAAGGAAAGACAAAUCAUCCAGCUAUUUUGUGGAUAUGUCCAAAGCCAAUACCCUGCCGAGAGUCAGGGAGACUUUGCUCCCAACGGCAUCUCAGAGCCCUGGAGAGUAUGUGAGCAUUGUUUAUAAGGGUGAACGAGGAGGACAUAAGGGGAGAACUGCAGUGGAAUCAGGAAACUCCAGGACACAAGGACAUCAGAGAGCCUUUCACCGACCGCAGCCAUGUCAAGGUGGAUCUGCCAACCUUCCACGGAGCUUCUCAGCACCUCUUGCAACUUCCAUCUCAUUGUCCUCUGAAUAUGUGAACAUGGACUUGGGUAGCUCACCCUCUUCUCUCACUCCCCUCUCUUCUUUUAAACCUGCCCCAAAGGUUAGAGAUGAGAUCAGCAGAGUUCCCCUAGUAGAACAGGAGGUUGAUAUGGGACUCAGGAAGAGCAAAGUAACAGGCUUGACACCCACAGAUGUGGCUGCUGCCCCUUUUACUGACUAUACUGAGAUGAAAUUUGGCUUGGGGGGAGAUUCAACAUCUAAAUCCCCAAAACCUGGCCAAACACCCCUGCCAUCCUCCAUGGAGCAGGAGCAUACCAUGAAUUUCUCCUCACCUAAAGCUUUUUCAAAUGUGGAUCAGGGUGCCCGCGUAGUCAGGGCAGAAUCAUCAGCAAGAAGGCGGCAUCGCUCAGAGACAUUUGUUGCCCCUCCAACUCAUCCCCUUUCCCCCUCUGCUUCCCCUUCCCCUUUUCCUGAAACGCCACAUAGUGGUCUACAACGACAGCAAGGAUUAGAGGGCAACCUUUGGUCUAAUAAUCAGCCACCCUCUCCAAAGUGUGCCAGCCCUGGAGCAGCAACUCUUCCUGCCGCUCAGGGAUCUUCUCUAACCCUGGAGCAAGGCCUGAACUACAUUGAUUUAGACUUGAUCAGUAAGGAGAAUCAAACAAGUGUGGAUGGACCUUCUGGCCCACACUCAUUUUUCUCUCCUGUAGUGGGAGGGUUGACUGGUGGAUUGGGUGGAGCAGGAGGUAACACCACCUCCAGCAUCAACACAUAUGCCAGCAUUGAUUUCAUCAAAUCGGAUGAAUUAAGAGUUCAUCAAAGCAACAGGAAGGACAGCAAAGAUUGUUAAUGUGCUCCAGCAUUCGGACCAGUCAACGUCUGUCCUUCCUGUGAGAGAGAGAAAGCGGUUCAUCUCUCCCUGCACUUGAUGUGCUCUGAAAAAUGGUGCGAUUGCCCACAACCCUCAACAGUGGAAACUUAACUGCCCUUGCCUCAUAACAACAUUUGCUCUCAUUAUUUCCCAUCGGUUCAAUCAAAAUAAAAUUUGUGCCAAAAGACGAUCCAUCAUUUCUGCCAGAGAUCACCGAGAUGGACGUGCCCUUAUGAAGGGCCACUGCGACUCUGACUGCCAACCGGGAGCCAAUGAUAUUCUUUUUAUCCUCUACCACAAACUUUCAAUUAUUGUAAAAGAGAUGUUCUAUAGUAUAAUGAUAGAUGAAGAAUAUAUAGCAGACAUAAUAUUACUGAGAAUAAAUCUUAUCUAUCGAUCUUAUAAAUAUAUAAAUACAACUUUUUUAUAAAAGUGCCUCAUUUUUGAUUGUAGCCAUUUUUACACAGGUCUCAAUGUGCUCUGUAAAAGACAAAUGCUUUCUCUUUGUUGUUGUUUUUCUUUCCCAUUCCUUUGUGUUUGCUAUGCUGAACAAAGUCGAAAGACAGAGUGUGAAGAAAAACUAUUGGAUGGAUGCAAGUUGUUUUUUUUAUUUUUGCUAUGGUUUGUAAUCAGAUUGCCUUACUGUUCUCGAUUUAUCUUUGUGUGUGUGUGUGUGUGUGUGUGUGAGAGAGAGUGAGAGAGAGUGAGAGAGAGAGAAAUCAGUCGCCUCAGCCAUGCUGUGCCUCAUUUCAUUAAUAAAAGAUUCAGACACGCACACACACUCCCACAAAUACACAACCACAGUAAAAUCAAAGCUGAUUGCAUAUACUUUAUCCCAGUUCAAUUUUAUUGGAUGCAUCUACCCCUAAAUAGAUAUUUUCAAACAUAUGCAAACAUCAUCUAUUCUUUGCUCUAUGAAUCUGAGCAUGGUGGCAUCAGAUGGCUGAUAGAUGUCUGAUCAAUAUGAAACAUCUGGUGUGUGUGUGUAUGAUUGUGUGUGUGUGAGAGAGAGUCUCCAUGGCCUUAUUGUUUUUAGUCAUGUAGUCGCUUUUGUGUUAUUGUAGGAUUUCCCCAUCCCCAGUUUACUUCAGCUACACACAUUCGCAUUCAGAUUUAAAACUGUGCCUCUUGAAUGCAGAUCUGUUAUCAGCAGACUGAACUGCUAUAUAAAUUUAACACACACUUUGCCAGACAGGACCCAGCAAGCAUUUUUUGUUUCUAAAAGAUGUCUAAUAGAUGUCUAAUAGAUGUCUAAACAUAGUCAUCUUGGCUAAAACAAGGCUAAAUUUGAACUGUCAGUAAAAAACUAAUAGACGUCUAGGAAUAGGCCAAAACUAGACUAGUCAUCAAAUAAACAGAAAUGAAUGACUGCAAUGUCUGCACAUAUAAAGUCUGUCUAAUCGGUCAAUUGGACGGCUAGUCUGGUUUUGGGCUGAUCUUAGACGUCUAUUAGAUUUUCACUGGCAGCCCAAGUUUAGCCUUGUUUAGCCUAGAUGUCUACAUUUAGAUGUCUAUUAGACGUCUAUUAGAUUUUCACUGACAACCCAAGUUUAGCAUUGUUUUAGCCUAGAUGUCAACAUUUAGAUGUCUAUUAGACGUCUAUUAGAUUUUCACUGACAACCCAAGUUUAGCUUUGUUUUAGCCUAGCUGUCUACAUUUCAAUGUCUAUUAGAGGUCUAUUAAACACGAAAUUGUUUGCUGGAGAGAUAUCCAUCUAAUUUAUUCAUCUGCCCCAUUGACUUUUACACUCUAGCAAUCUACAUUUUGGACACACACACACAGUUAACAUGCCCUGUAAUGGUGAAUUCAGUGCUUCAGUUUCUUUCGCUUUCAGUUGUUUUGUUCAGUAUUGCAAUUUCAAGAUGAGAGUUACAAGGGAACAGGGUCUUUUUAUGCCAUCUGGACAGUGGUGCCUGUCUUUGCUGAAACGUAGCAUGUUGUUCUUUUUUAAUGAUUUUUAAAUAUAUAUAUAUAUAUCUAUAUUUUAAUCACCUGUUUUAAAAUUAACGAUUCUUUUUGAUGGCUUCUGCAGUUUUCUAAUUAAUCUAAAGUUUGUUUUGUACAGUGUCGGUUAUAUAACAUGUAUCAGUGAUCCUGUUUUAGUGCCAAAUUCCUAACUCACACACUACCAUCGAUCAUGCCAAUGACUGAUCUCAUGAUGCUUUUUAAUACCAGAUUUUUAGUAAGCAGUAUUUUUCUCGUUUGCCUGCACAAUCUGCGUGUUUUCUAUCACUUAUUUGCUAAUGUAAAUUCAUAUCUCACAUAGUACAACAGCUGCCUUCAGUUACCGGGAAUCAACAUGAAGCCUUAUAGUGCUUAUACGAAUGCCUUUUCUAUCAUGUGAAAAUAAGAGCCUCCUUUGUUUAUGCAUAUUAUAUAGGGGUUCAUUUAUACCACAUGCCACAUUCAAUGCAGUGUGUAAUAGGAGUGACAUUUGCUUACAGUAUACUCAUCCACAUCACUGAUCAUACAGUGGUUGUCAAUGAUUACAGAUAACAUACAUACCUCUCGCUGAAAUCUUCACACUCUUUAUACUAGGAAUAAAACUAGCAGAACAACAGCAGUUGGGGAUUAAAACGCUGGGUGGGCUUAUUAAUGCCCCCUUAAGAGUUUUAACCUGUUUACUUAUCAUCCUGAGCAGGACAUAUGCCUUUUUAAAUCCACCUCAUGGCCGGACCAUAACAAAAAAACAAAGAAAGCAUCAAACUGUGCUUGUGCGUGUGUCUUUUUCUGUCUGUCCAGCGCGUUUGGCUACUCUGUUUUCCUCCUUGUCUUUUCUUUCCUAUAUUUUGAUUGCCUUAUUGUCUGUAUUAGCUCUUAUUUAAUACACGGCAGCUGUAAAAGAUGCUUUUUAUCCUAGAGCAGGUUUGAAGAUUCUGCAUUCUAGCAGUGGGUUUGUUUCUUUCUUCUGACUGACAUUUUUAUAGAGUCUGGUUUGGUGUAUAAAGUUGUAUGUCCCCAGACGUACUUUCCAGAAAACAUUAACAUGGUAUUAAGUGAUGUAGAAAUACAGCCAAGGUCAUAUGUAUACUGUAGGUAAGGACUAUCUGUAUAUAGUCCAGAAAAAAAAAGAAACAAACAAAAAAAGAAAAGUAAUGCUUUAUUGUCUUUUAAGUACCUGUAAGUUGUUGGGGGAAAAGGGUCUGAUAUGCACAAUCAGGGGUCUGUGUAAAGUUUUAAAGUUGAUCUGUUCUUCUGUAUAUCUAAUGCUAUGAAAAUUUCAAUGACAAUUGUGUAUAAAGGGGUUUUAAUAAGAGAGUUAUUAGGCUGCGGGCUACUGUAUAAUUCUGUGAAUAAUGGGAAAUAUUGGGCUCGGGUGGGCAUGGGAGACUGACUGUAUGGUCUGGAUAUAGUAGACAUGUCUGUUGAAUUCAGAAAUUCCUCAAUGAUUAUUGCCUGUGAUUAAGACAAUGUCACUCCAAUUUAUGGAACAAAUGAUGAAAAAAGAAUGAGAGAACUGAAA